AUGUUACUAUCGUUUUCAUUUCGAUACUAUGUGCUCAACUACCAGGCACCAUCAACGAAUCGAGUCAAACUGAUCAUAUUCCUCGUCUACAUACCCUCAUUCCUACAAAUGGCUCUUACGUGGCAAGCACUCCUGCCGCUGUUUUAUCUACUAGCAGUACUUUCAUAUGCUUGUGGCCAGCUUGGUAUUUAUAAUCAUCCACUGCUCGAACACGCGACAUUCAUUCUAGCUGGUUUCAUCCCCACCUUCAGUCCAAUCUCAUCGCUCUAUUUCGUACGACAUUAUCGUGAUCGCCUACGAUGGGCCUUCUUCCUCAGACGAUCUUCAAUUUUGAACGAGAGUAAUUCCAAAGAAUUUUCAACCUUACGUGAUUCUUACUCAUGUAAUCGCACUCGUAUACUUUAUGUCUAA